AUGAUUUCCACCUCUGAUGAUGUCUAUCAUAUGAAGGACGACAGAGCAGCCCGUCUGAACUGGAAACGAAGAAGGGCUCAUGGACUGCGUCAACUUGAACGUCGAAUAAAAGCCAAACGGCAGCAGUACAACGGGAUUAAUCCGUCCUCUUCUAGUGAGAUUGACCUACGAAUCUCUUCUUCAUGGACUUUCAUAAGCAAUGAAAUUCCCCCCAACAAUAAAAACAACUAUAUAAUAGGCAUCUUAGGCGAAGAAGGUUAA